GAAUCUCUCUCUUUCCACUGUGUUCAUGGUGAUAGAAAUUUGCAGGUGAGAGCGAGAGAGAGAGAGAUUUCAACGGUGAAACGGGAUUCUCCGAGAAGAUAAGAAGGGAAAUCAUCAAAUUCCGUCUCUCUCAAGUAGAGGCUCGCGCUGUUCCGAACGGAUGCUUAGUUUCAGGUGUUCUCUGCCAGCUAUAACGAGAAGAUUUGAAUCAAGUCAAAUCUCCGGAAGCAUUAGAAGUACUGUGGUGUGCGCGGCAAAAGGUCCCCGGCCUAGAUAUCCUCGAGUAUGGAAAUCACGGAAGAAAAUUGGGACUAUCUCCAAGUCUGAAAAGCUUGUUGACUGUGUGAAGGGAUUGUCAAAUGUUAAAGAGGAAGUUUAUGGAGCACUUGAUUCGUUUAUUGCUUGGGAACUUGAGUUUCCUCUGAUCACAGUCAAGAAAGCCUUGAAGACACUUGAGAAGGAAAAGGAAUGGAAGAGAAUAAUACAGGUCACUAAGUGGAUGUUAAGCAAAGGUCAAGGAAGAACGAUGGGAAGUUACUUUACAUUGCUUAAUGCAUUAGCAGAAGAUGGCAGGCUUGACGAAGCUGAGGAACUAUGGGCAACGAUAUUUUCUCAAAAUCUGGAAGGCACGCCUCGUAUUUUCUUCGACAAAAUGGUAUCAAUCUACUAUAAGAGGGACAUGCAUGAGAAGAUGUUUGAGGUAUUUGCUGAUAUGGAGGAACUUGGAGUUAAACCCAAUGUUUCAAUUGUUUCAAUGUUGGGUAAUGUCUUCCAACGGCUGGGCAUGAUGGACAAAUAUGAGAAAUUAACAAAGAAAUACCCACCGCCAAAAUGGGAGUACCGAUACAUCAAAGGAAAGCGUGUUAGAAUAUCAGCAAAGCGUCUGAAUGAAUUCAAUGACGCUAACAAAAGCAGCAGUGUGAAUGGUCAUGAAAUGAUUGAAGACACUAAGCAGUUGAAUGAGUCUGAUAGCGUGUCCGAAAGGAACACCAGUGAUGCCGAUGAAAUGAUUCCCGACAUAGACGGGGUUUAUGAAUCUGAUUGAUCUCUAAUGUAUGUAAAGUUCUUGAUAGUGGAAUCUAUAGCAGUUUAAAGCGAGAAUGUGUUCAGUUUAUCUCUUCCAUGGCAUCAGAUAAUGUGCUAGAAGUCUAUGCUUGUUUUGUGCCCCGUGCUCGUCUGAAGUAAAGGUUCCAGAGUAUAGAGGGGAGACUCGUGGUUCACAUGCUGGUGCGAGGAAGGCAUUUGCAAUAUAAUUAUGUUGGUGCUUUCUGGAUUGUCCAGGAAGGGGGAGAACACUGCUGCUCAGAGAUGUCCGAUAAAUGUACAGGCGAGUAACAAGGCUAUACUUUUGAAUUGUGCCCAAUGCAAAUCGUUUUGAUUUUGUUCGCCUGCUGAACAAAUUGUUCGAUGUCGAUAUACUUUAGUGUUGAAUGACUACCCGCCCCGCCUACUCUUGAUUUUGCCGGCUC